AUGUCGUACCCUGCGGCUUCCUACGAGACACCGGAGAGUUACGCCCCGUACCAGAGCUACUACGACCAGACGGCUACUACCUGGCCUUACACUCAAACGACGUACUACUCGACGGCGUCUACCACGUCUACUGUCACCAAAGAUGAAGAGGUGCCCAAAUGGUGUUUCAAUGCGCCCUCAAUGGUGAUGACCCUUCUGGCCGUCAUCUUCUUCAUGCUUAUAGGCUCAGUAACUACGCUCAUCCUGCUGGCGCUAGGCCACCAGUUGUCCAGCGGGACGACCGAGACAGACUACCUAGACAGCAGCAUCCCCGGCGGCGGUGGUAACAUUCACUUGUUCCUCAGCGGGGCAGACGCCCAGAACUCCACCGACAUGGACACUCCUCCUGCGCCUUCUGCGUCGAAAAACCCACUACCAAAAACCUCGUCAAGGCGACCUCGUAUAGGGAACGUCGACGAGCCUCUGGUGUGCACAAUGGGCGCGAAGAUCAACUCGACGCAGAUGUUCCCACCGGACGCGUUGUGCGACUACAUCUUAUACGACUCGCUCUACAAGGGCUACACGGACCCGCUCCUGGCUCCCAGAGGUUUCGACGCCAGCCUGAGCGCCUUCGUUGACGCCUACCCGACGUACCAGGCCACGGCUUUCGGCGUUGGCAUCGCUCACAGUUGUAUGUCUCACUUCGCGUCGGCCCUGCUCCAGGCCGACUCAUCUUUCGAGCCGCUGAAGCCCUUCUGGGAAAAGGAAAUCUAUCACUACGGCGUCCUGGACACUCCAACCGUGGACACGAGCGAACAAGACCUACUAGAGGCCCUGCUAUCUCUCAGGAUCGUGCACUCAAGAACGGUGCCACUCAGGCGUAUGGGCAACACGAUGCUCUCAUUUCUUGCCGCAGCCAUUCCCAACGACACCUUGGCUGACACAUAUGUCCGCUAUUUCAAGCAAAACAAUGUGCCGGACGUCUUCAUUGCUCUUGGCCACUACGUCCGCGGGGACAAUACCUUGCCCACCUGCAUCAUCAUGCCGCCGACGGUGCUACAUAGACCAGCCAGUGGUCAUGGCAGCUACCAGCACGAUCUGACUUCGGCGGCAAACGGCAUCGACGUGGUGUCGACGCAGCGUUCGAAGACUAAGCUGGCGCUUUCCGUGACGUUGAAGGGUCGUUUAGCGACGGGCGCAGACCCGCACCUACUGGCUUUCCAGGAUUUCUGCAUCAGCAAUAGCAGCAUGGAAUCAUUCGCCAGCUACGCCGAGGUGUGCAAGUCCCCGGACUAUUCGAGGAGGGAGAUCUACAGCUCCUUUUACGAGGCGACUCAACUUCGCCAUUCCGGCAGGUCGCUCGUGUUCUCUUACGACGACCGGACGGGACUUAGCAAAAAGCUGUGCUCAAUCAAGGCGCAGCACACAUCCACGAAAUUCGGUAUCGCUGUUUUCGACCUCGACUACGCGGACUUCUCGGGCGUCUGCUCCACGAAGCGGGGCCCGUUCCCGAUUCUGCACGCGCUUCGUCGCGUGCUCGACUUCUUCAAGGCGGGUCACGUGACCCCAGGCAACGUUGGGGACUGCGAGAAACAAGCCACGUGACCCUCUG